AUAAACAAUUUUUUUUUUUUUUUGCCAAUUAUUGCUGAAUAAAGAAAGACUUGAUAGUUGACCAUUGACUGGGACACUGCAAAUAUGAUUCCUCUUUGCACUUGUGGCACAAACUAAAAUCAAUCCACAAGUGCAUUGCGUUGCUUUCUCUGAUCUCUGAUCUCUGUUCUCUCCCCAAAACCAUGGCUGAAUCAGUCCUCUUCAGCGUGGCAGAGUCACUCGUAGGGAAGCUUGCUUCCCGUGCCAUGGAAGAAGCUUCUCUGGCAAUGGGUGUGUAUGACGAUCUACGCGAGAUGAAACAGACUAUCUCAUUCAUCAAAGCCGUGCUGUUGGAUGCAGAACAAAAGCAGCACCUGAACAACCAGUUGCGUCAAUGGCUCACGCAGAUCAAGCACGUGCUCUACCACGCCGAAGACAUCGUCGAUGACUUUGAGUGUGAAGCGUUGCGAAAGCAUGUUAUUAAGACUCAGGGCAGCCUGUCCAGAAAGGUACUCCGCUUCUUCUCAGGUUCUAAUUCUCUCAUAUAUCGUCUUAAAAUGGCACAUGAGAUUAAAGAAAUCAAUAAGAGAUUAAACAAGUUUGCAACUGAUAGAAACAACUACGGCCUCCAAACCAAUGAUGUUGAUACGCGGGUCGUGCAUACGAGGGAAUUGACCCAUUCCCACAUAAAUGCUUCUGAUGUGAUAGGAAGGGAACACGAUAAGGAAAAGAUCCUUGAACUUUUGUUGCAAGAGGAUGAUGGUGAAAGUCUCUUUGUUAUUCCCAUUGUGGGCAUUGGAGGUUUGGGAAAGACCACGCUUGCAAAGACUGUUUUCAAUGAUAACAGUGUUGAUGAGUCUUUUGAGUUGAAGAUGUGGGUGUGCGUGUCCGAUGAAUUUGAACCCAAGCAAAUGCUUAUUAAGAUCCUCAACUCUGCUCCAAACCUAUUUCCAGAGAACUAUGAGCACCUCGAGAUGGAGCAGCUAAAAAAUCAUGUGAGACAUAUGCUUGAUGGUAAGAAGUUCUUGCUUGUCUUGGAUGACGUGUGGAAUGAGGAUCGUGUUAAAUGGGUUGAGUUGAAGGGUUUAAUACAAAUAGGUGCCAAAGGAAGUAAAGUCCUUGUGACUACUCGUAGCCAUUCCAUUGCUGCCAUGAUGGGCACUAAACCCUCGUACUCCUACCCUUUAGAAGGUCUUUCUGAAGUGGAUUCCAUGACUCUGUUCAUUAAAUGGGCUUUUCAAGAAGGAGAAGAGAAGAAGUAUCCAGAAUUGUUGUUGAUUGGGAAAGAAAUUGUAAAGAAAUGCCGAGGGCUUCCGUUGGCAGUGAGAACUUUGGGAUGUUCACUGUUCUUAAAAGUUGAUAAAGAAGAGUGGACGUUUGUUAGGGACAAUGAGAUUUGGAAUUUACCACAAAAUAAAGAUGACAUUUUGCCGGCUCUGAAAUUAAGCUAUGAUCAAUUACCUUCUCAUUUAAAACGAUGUUUUUCUUGCUUCUCCCUUUUUGAUAAGGAUGUUAUUAUUAGUAGUUUUCAUGUUUCUGCGCUUUGGCAGGCACUUGGUUUCCUUCCAUCGUCAAUGCAAAAUAAAACAUUGGAAGAGGGUUGCACUCAAAUUUUGCAUGAGCUGCGCUCGAGAUCUUUUCUUCAAGAUUUUGUUGACCAUGGUAGUACUUGCAGUUUCAAAUUACAUGAUUUGGUGCAUGAUCUUGCACUUUAUGUCUCAAAAGAUGAGUUUCAGCGCGUGAAAUCCCGCACUCAAAAUAUAUCUGAAAGUACCCAACAUUUGUCAUUUGCUGAAAACACUGUGCUUGGCCAAGCUUCCUUUCCUACAGGUCUAAGAACCAUUAUUUUUUCUCGUGGAGCCAACAAUGAAGCUUCCUUGAAUUCAUUGUUGUCGAGGUGCAAAUACUUGCGGUUUCUGGAAAUAAGUUAUUCUGAUUACAAGAGUUUGCCUAGCUCCAUUGGUAAGUUGAAACAUUUAAGAUGUCUCAUUCUUCAAAAUAAUACAGAACUUUCAAGAUUCCCAGAUUCAGUGUGCAAACUCCAGAAUUUGCAAGUUUUACGACUCGAUGAUUGCAAAAGCCUAGAAGCAUUGCCCAAAGGCAUAGAGAACUUGAUCAACCUUUGCCAGUUGUAUUUAACCUUUAAGCAAUCUAGUUUUCCAGAGAUUGCAAAAUGGACUUCUUUAGAAACUUUAUCCUUGGAUUCUUGCGACAACCUGAAGUCAUUAUUUGAAGGGAUACAACUUCCUCGUCUUAAAUUUUUUAUUAUUGAUUCUUGUGGGAGUCUAGAGUCUUUGCCAUUUCAUGCCAUUCCAAACUUGGAGAGUCUGGCUAUUUUCAGCUGUCAUAAGUUGGAAUUGUCAAAAGAACAUGACGAAAAUAUUCCCAGUUUGAAAUUAAAGUUACUUGUUCUUUAUGAUUUACCGCAACUGGUCACUUUGCCUCACUGGUUGCGAGGAUCUUCAAACACAUUGCAAUCCUUGCUAACUGUCAAAUGUGUCAAUCUUGAGGAGCUUCCUGGGUGGUUUUCAACUUUGAUUUGUCUCAGAACACUUACAAUUGGAGAUUGCCCAAAAUUGAUUUCACUCUCUGAUAACAUGCAUCACCUCACAAACCUUGAAUAUUUAGAGAUUGAAGAUUGUCCUGAAUUAUAUGAAAGAUGCCAACCGAAAGGCGGACAGGAGUGGCACAAAAUAUCACAUAUCAAACAAGUUAUCCUUCGUCAAUAAGAAGAGGAAGAUUAAUUCUCACAUAACAUUUGUCAAAAGUUUGAAGGAUUUCAAAAUGCAUAUAUGGAUUGCUGAAUUUGAAGUUGUUGUCGAUUUUCUAUGAUAUAUUUAAUUUGAGGCAGAAUUGCUGAAUCUUGUAUGUGAGAUUGCAUUUGAACCUUUGUUAUUUAAUAAUUGUAUAGGGCGAAAUUUGGCCAUUUAGUUUACUAUAAUCAGAAUCUAUAAAUAGAUUAAUAAGGUUC